UCUCGCUCUAGCUCUCCCUUGAACAGCUCAUAGUGAGAACAAGGCGUGCAGAGCUCCGAUCACCAGCACCAUGCUCCUUGGGCUUGGAUCCUAGAUCCCCCUCUUUGAACACUGGUAAUAGCUGCUCUGGCCCUCAGCAUCCCACGCUGACAGACUGACAGAAAGAGGCAGACAAGGAAAAAGGAAGAAGAGAAAAUCUGCAGUCAAGUGGACUAAAGCAGCAAAGAGCGAGGGAGAAAGGGUGCUUUGCUUACACAGCUGCAAAGUGGGAAUUUAAAGAACUGCAGAGAGAGAAAUCCCAGCUCCCCGCCACACACACAGCGCAGAAUUAUAGAGCCAGGUAGAAAUGACAUCAACGGGGAAAGAAGGCAGCGGAGCUCAACAUGCACAAUAUGUUGGACCCUAUCGCUUGGAGAAAACCUUGGGCAAAGGACAGACAGGGCUUGUGAAGUUGGGGGUUCACUGUGUAACAUGUCAAAAGGUCGCGAUAAAAAUUGUCAACAGAGAGAAGCUCAGCGAGUCGGUGCUAAUGAAGGUGGAGCGGGAAAUAGCCAUCCUGAAGUUGAUAGAACAUCCCCACGUUUUAAAGCUGCAUGACGUUUAUGAAAAUAAAAAAUAUUUGUAUUUGGUGCUAGAACAUGUGUCAGGUGGGGAGCUCUUCGACUAUCUCGUAAAAAAGGGAAGAUUAACGCCAAAAGAAGCCAGGAAGUUCUUCCGACAAAUCAUCUCUGCUUUAGACUUCUGCCAUAGUCAUUCAAUAUGCCACAGGGAUUUAAAACCAGAAAACCUACUGCUGGAUGAAAAGAACAACAUCCGGAUAGCAGACUUUGGAAUGGCAUCACUGCAGGUCGGGGACAGCUUGUUAGAAACCAGCUGUGGGUCGCCACAUUAUGCCUGCCCUGAAGUGAUCCGGGGAGAAAAAUACGAUGGGAGGAAAGCGGAUGUCUGGAGCUGUGGAGUCAUUUUAUUUGCAUUGUUAGUGGGUGCCCUGCCAUUUGACGACGACAACUUGCGGCAGCUGUUGGAGAAGGUGAAGCGGGGUGUGUUCCACAUGCCACAUUUCAUCCCUCCGGACUGUCAGAACCUCUUGCGGGGGAUGAUUGAAGUGGACGCCUCGAAACGUCUCACGCUAGAACACAUUCAGAAACACAUAUGGUAUAUAGGGGGUAAGAAUGAACCAGAACCGGAACAACCAAUUCCUCGAAAGGUGCAGAUUCGUUCUCUCCCUUCCCUGGAGGACAUUGAUCCAGACGUGUUAGACAGCAUGCACUCGUUAGGCUGCUUCCGCGACCGAAAUAAACUCUUACAGGACCUGUUGUCAGAAGAAGAAAACCAAGAGAAAAUGAUUUAUUUUCUUCUCCUUGAUCGGAAAGAGAGGUAUCCCAGUCAUGAGGAUGAGGACCUGCCCCCUCGGAAUGAAAUAGAUCCCCCUAGGAAGCGAGUGGACUCCCCAAUGCUGAACCGGCAUGGGAAGCGGCGGCCAGAAAGGAAGUCGAUGGAGGUUCUCAGCGUGACAGAUGGCGGUUCGCCGGUCCCAGCUCGCAGAGCUAUUGAAAUGGCACAGCAUGGACAGAGUAAAACAAUGUUCAGUAAAAGCCUGGAUAUCUCUGAAGCCAAUCCCAAAUUCAACAAAGAAGAAAGGAUGACGAGUGCUGAUGCAUUGGGGUCUCGGUCGAUCAGCGGAGCUUCAUCUGGUCUCUCCACCAGCCCCCUCAGCAGUCCAAGGGUCACCCCUCACCCCUCUCCAAGGGGAAGUCCCCUCCCUACCCCCAAGGGGACACCCGUCCAUACGCCAAAGGAGAGCCCAGCAGGCACACCCAACCCAACGCCACCAUCCAGCCCCAGCAUUGGAGGAAUGCCCUGGAGGACACGGCUCAACUCAAUCAAGAACAGCUUCCUGGGGUCUCCUCGAUUCCAUCGCCGGAAAUUGCAAGUACCUACACCAGAGGAGAUGUCCAAUUUAACCCCGGAAUCUUCCCCAGAGCUUGCCAAAAAAUCCUGGUUUGGUAACUUUAUCAACCUGGAGAAAGAAGAACAGAUCUUUGUGGUCAUUAAAGAUAAACCACUAAGCUCCAUCAAGGCUGACAUUGUGCACGCUUUCCUUUCGAUUCCCAGCCUCAGUCACAGCGUCAUCUCACAGACAAGUUUCCGUGCAGAGUACAAGUCCACGGGGGGUCCCGCUGUCUUCCAGAAGCCAGUGAAGUUCCAGGUGGACAUAACAUACACAGAAGGGGGCGAGGCACAGAAGGAGAAUGGAAUCUACUCAGUCACUUUCACGCUCUUAUCAGGUCCAAGCCGUCGCUUCAAGAGGGUAGUAGAAACCAUUCAGGCACAGUUGCUAAGCACACAUGACCAGCCUUCAGUGCAGCAGUUAUCAGACACCACUAACUGUGUGGAGUUGAUGACUGGCAGACUUUCCAAAUGUGGCAGCCCAUUGAGUAACUUCUUUGACGUAAUUAAACAACUUUUUUCAGACGAGAAGAACGGGCAGGUGAGCCAUCCCCCCGGCACGCCAACCAAGCAUAGCGCAAACAGCAAGCGGAGCGAUUCCGAUGCUAAUGACUAUGGGUCUAGAGGAGACAAUAAGUACCCCGCUGGCAAAGACAAGGCAAAGAUGGUCUCAUCAGUCGGCCUACAAGACCUACCUUAAAUAAAUACCUUUAAAAAAAUUAAAUAACUUAAAAAACAAAAAGCAAGAAAAAAUCAAAGAAUAUUCCUUAGCAAGCUAGCCUCUAAACUAGAAGGAUGUAUAUACCUUUCCACAACAGUACAAAACUGUCUAUAGACAAAUUUUGUAAGAAGGAAUGACUGUAUAUAUAUACAUAUAUAUAUUUAUAUAUGAUAUAUAAUAUAUAUCUCAGAAACAAACACACACAAAAAGAAAGAAAGAAAAAGAAAGAAAGAAAGACAAGGUAGCACAGAUGACAAAACCCAGUUCACCAGAUCUUGGGUUGUGGCUUUUUUGGUUUUGGUUUUUUGUUUUGACAUCUCCCUGUAUUUUGAUUAUUAUUUUUAUUUUUUCCCCUCCUGAUGUUUUGUUGGGUUUUUUAAAUUAUUAUUUUUGUUUCUUGUUCUGUUCUUGCUCUCUCUGUUUCUGACGACACCACUUGUUUCCGCUCUGCUACCAGGAAUUAUCCCGAAAAGUUAACAUGUCAGCCACGGCUUCACCUUCUGUGCUCUGCGGACACUUGUUGACGGAAGGAAACCGAUGUAGACUGUCCAAGGACCAGUCCUGUUUGAGGUUCCCAGCCUCCCCCUCUGCCCCCAGGAAAUGGGUUUCUCCCCCACCUCCUCCCAAACACCUCCCCAACACACACUUUUUCUCUUUUUCUUUUUGGUGCUCCACGAGGGAGAUCUGCUCAGUAAUGGGAUUGCACAACCUGGGCUGGAAGCAGGUUGCAAUUGUUGGAGCGACACCAUUGUCCUUGACAACAUUCGUCUGUGCAGGUGAACUCAGACUGGCAGGGGGAGGGGGCAAGAAACAAGGGGAAAUGUAACAAUGAAACCAGGGAGCACUCUCAGCCAAAACCACCAAGGAGUGAGUAAAAGCAAAGCAUCGAACCAAGACAAUAUCGGGGAGUUUCACUGUGGGAUUUUCUCCAACUCCUUUUUCCUCCUUGUCCCCACCCUUUCCUUUUUCUUUUUUUUUUUUAAUUGUGUUUGUUUUUUAUACUCUUAUCAUUUUGCUUUUCGACCUGCUGGAGGGGGAGGGAAUCCUCUCGUGGGGGUUGGGGGAAUGAACAAACACAAAAACAAACAAACAUUCAAACUUAGGGAAAAGGCAACAUACGGCAGCAAAAGAGGCGGGAAAGGAUUCUGCCUAGCUGAGAACAGUCUCUCUUGCCACCAACUGCCGUUGCCGCUGCUGCUGCUGCUCCUUCUUCAUCUUCCUCCCCACUCUUCAACUCCCGCCUACCACACUGCCGUGUUGGGACCUUCUUCCACCAUCUGGAUCCUCCAACACACCCUGAUUUGGAUGCAAUUGUCGUGUCGCUCGUGCUGCAUCAAUAUCAGUAUUAUUAUUUAUUUGUUGGUUUUUAUUUAUUUAUUUAUUUGAUUUAUUGGGUUUUUCAACAAACAGAAGAAGAAGAAAAGAGGGUAAUUUUGUUUUUUUUCCAUGCGUGUGCAUGUGCAUACCACUGGCACUUCGUUCAUCUGAGUGAGACGAGGAGUCAGUGCUAUGGGCAAGUGAAUCACGAAGCUACUGUAAACUUUAAAAAUUACUGCAAGAUAUUUUUAUAAACCUUUUUUUUUUUUGACAGGGGGCUGGUGGGUGGGAGCGGGUGGGCAAGGAUUGUUUUUUGUGUUUAAGUUAUUAUUAGGUCUUGGUUAUUUAUAUAUACAUAUAUAUAUUUAAAAAAUUAAGCUGUUAGAUAUAUCUUCUGUUCAUUACUGUGUAGAGGCGACACUGAUUCCUAUUUAUUUUGGGGAGAGGGGGAAAAAAGGUAGAAAAAACCUUAAAUGGUCCUCUUGCGAACUUGACAUUUGUAUUUUAUUUUUUUGGUCUUUUUGCCCUGAGAGCUACACGACCAAGUGUAAUUUAUUCUGGCCCAAGUUCAAAGGUUAAAACAAACAAACACGGUUGUAAACGUCAAAGACAAAAAAACACAAUGAGAAACACUUCUUUACUGAGGUUUUAAGAACGUAGGGUUAGCAUUAGAGUGCACUUCUCUUAUGACCUUCAAUUGCUGUUUGUUGAGUUCCUCUGGGUGUAUGUUGUACUACAAGAAUUUUUUUUUUUAAAUGAUAACAUUGGACAGUUUCUCUCUUUUUGUUGUUGUUGUUGUUGUUGUUUACUUUGUCCCCCCCCCCCUUCGACCGGUUUCACUUGUACAUAGGUUUGAAAUUUAAAAAAAAAUAAGUAAGGCACAAUUGGGAUGGUAACCUUUAACCCUUGAGCUUUCCUUGUCCCCCAAAUGGAAGAGAUUUAUUUUAUUUAUUUCUGGGUUGUUUUUAAUUUAUUAUUUUUUCCUAUUCUUAAAAUUGUAUUGCUGUGUGCAUGUCAGAUGCCGUGGGGGUGAUGGCUGGGGAUGGGGGGAGGCCAGGGUGCAAGAGGGGGGGCAGUUUUAAUUGCAUGACAUUGCUGUAAAUUAGUCUCUUUUGCUUUCGUUGUCUUUCCUGCCUCUGCCCUCUCUCUCUGCCCCUCCUCCAGGAUCUCCUGCAACCACCUCCAUCCUCUUUUCCCUCUUUUCUCUCUGUGUAUAGAUUUUUGAUGCUUCUGUUACAUUGUACCUCUACAAAAGGCUGGGAUUUCGAUACAAAAUAAUAAUAAUAAUUUACAAAAAAAAAAAACCUAUAUCAGCAAAACCCAUGCGGUACAAGCAGGAAGGGGAUUACUUACACAAGAUAUAAGAAUAAACGAAAGCAAUACCUCUUGUUAUCCUUCCGAUUUUGUACUUUAACGACACACAUGCGCGCACACACACACACACUCACAGAAACCAACUGACAUUAUUUAACAGUUUAAAAUGGACAAAAAAUCUGAUGUAUCCCUUGUUAAAUAACUGUGAGCAACUUUAGUUCAAAAAACAAUAAAUUCAUUCAGUAAAGACA